CGAAGAUGUUGUGGCACCAUUCGAUCUCGAAACAUGAGUCCCGUGCUCUAUUUUGGAUUCUGAAGUUUGUGCUGCUCUGGAAGAGUCGGCCCUUUCCCCAGUUUUUCCAUCCCGAACAUCGGCCACCCCCACGCUGCAUUUCACAUUUCUGAAGCACAGGUCUCGUGACUAGACAUCACAAAAAGUUCACUUUGCACCACAGAAUUUUCCCAAAUUGUCAACAUGGCGGACUCUCACAAGCUUUCGGCACAUCUAGACGCUCCAGUCAUCUUGGACGGGGCACUAGCAACCUAUCUCGAAACCCUGGGCGCAGAUAUCUCAGGCGCGCUCUGGUCGGCCGACAUCCUCCUACAAAACCCCUCCCUGAUCAAACAAACACAUCUGGACUACUACCGAGCCGGCGCCCAAGUGGCCAUUACAGCGUCUUACCAGGCAUCCCUUGCCGGGCUCAGUAAAUCUCUCAACCUCAGCGAAGAGCAGGGGAAAGACGUUGUGAGGAGGAGUGUACAUUUGGCGCAGGAGGCGAGGGAUGAGUGGAUCGAAGAGCAAGCCAAGGGGUUGAGUGAUGCAGAGAAGUCGAAGCUUAGAAAUCGCCUCUUUGUUGCGGGUAGCGUAGGGCCGUAUGGUGCGUUUCUCGCUAAUGGGAGCGAGUACCGCGGCGACUACAAGCUCGAGAAAGAAGAUAUGAAGGCUUUCCACCGCGGCAGGAUCCAAGCCCUGGUCGACGCUGGUGUGGAUGUACUUGCGUGCGAGACGAUUCCUAGCCUGGGUGAGACAGAGGCGUUAAUUGAGUUGCUGCAGGAAGACUUCAGGGAUACGGAGGCGUGGUUCGCUUUCACACUCCGUGACGCAGAGCAUAUCAGUGACGGCACACCGUUGUCUCGAAUCGCUGCUCUCUUCGACAACACACCGCAGGUCAUAGCCGUUGGGUUCAACUGUGUGCCGGACGACAUUUCCCUUGCUGCGUUGAAGGCCCUUAAGCCGCUGCAAGAGGGGAGGAGGUGGAAGAUGAUUGUGUACCCCAAUUCGGGCGAACAGUGGAAUGCGGCAGCGAGGGAGUGGGAGGGGAGGAGGACAGAGGGUGGACAGUUGGCGGUUAAGACGAGGCAGUGGGCUGAUGCGGGGGCGGUGCUGGUUGGGGGGUGUUGUAGGACGACGCCACAAGAUAUCACAGUUAUGAGGGAUGUGCUAGCCGAAGAGGGAGGGCUGUAAUGCAUGAGAGUUAUCAGACAAGCUGAUGGUUUGAUAUUUAUGUAAUGUAUGUAGCUCUUGUCUCCA